AUGUUCGGAAAAGUCAAGAUUUCCACUUUCCUCGCCCUCGGUGCCAUGGCUCUGCCUGCCCUCGGCUUUCCCCAGAGCGUCCCCUCCAAGGCCUCUGGUAGUGUCCACAACACUGGUAGCGUCAACAGCGCCAACGCUCUGCUGGGCAAAGUCUCCAUUACACCCCACGACAAGUACUCGUCGUCCGUUGGCGUACUUGGUUGCAAGAUCAACACGAACAGGGUCGCCUACUGGCCCAGCACCCCUGACUGCAACAAUGUUUGCGUGAAGUUGUCUUACGCAGGUCGCUCGGUCCACCUCCUUCAAAUCGAUGCUUCGGGCGGCGCCCACGAUAUUUCGUACGACGCAUGGAACUUCCUUAAGACCGGCCAUUCCGUCAAAGAGCCCGGUCAAGCUGUCGCCGGCGGUGGCUUCGAGGUUGACUUCGAGUACGUCUCCGCUAAUGAGUGCAAGUCACUCAUCACGGACGGCUCGGGAAAGUUGCCCAUCGCCGCUGCCAAUGGCCUGAACUGGCUCACCUCUUGUCUCGGCGGCUCGUGGGUUGGAAACAAUUACCAGCUCUUCAACAUCCAGGAUCCCAUUUGCCAUUAUGGCUAUGAUGAGAAGUGCAGCCUUGCCGCGGGUUCGAAUCAACCCACUUGCCCUCACCAGCUGGGCGCGAAUCCCAAGCUCGACAACCCUAGCGACCACAAGGUGGUCAACCUCCUGUACCCCACCGGCCAGGAGGAAGUUGCCCCCUAA